AUGGAUUCUUCAUUUGAAAAUCCAGCGGUCUACCUCUCAGGGCCGGGUCAAGCCAGCAUCAAGGAAUCUCCGCUUCCAAAUAUUACAGAUUCUCACUCUGUAAUUCUCAAAAUUGCCUAUGUAGGCGUUUGCGGAAGCGAUGUCCACUUCUGGAAACAUGGCGGUAUCAUAAACAAAGUUUCUGAGGCCAAUCCUUUGAUUAUGGGUCACGAGGCUUCCGGCGUCGUUCAUUCCAUUGGAUCAGCAGUAACAACUCUGAAAGUAGGAGAUCGAGUUGCCAUCGAGCCCGGUCGUCCUUGUCGUCGUUGCAAACCAUGUAAAGCGGGACGUUAUAACCUCUGUCCUUCUAUGAAGUUUGCAGCCGAUCCACCAGAUUCACACGGCACGUUAAGGAAGUUUUAUGAGAUUCCAGAGGAUUUCUGUUAUGUUCUUCCCCCGGAUAUGGGAUUAGACGAAGGGGUGUUGGUGGAACCAACUGCUGUAGCGGUUCAUGCUUGCAGACUUGCGGAAGUGAAAGUCGGCAUAGAUGUCGUCAUCUUUGGAGCCGGGACAGUAGGAUUACUCUGUGCAGCUGUUGCAAAGGCGAUGGGUGCAAGAAAGGUUGUGAGUGUGGAUGUUAAUGAAUCCCGUCUAGAGUUUGCUCGGGGUUUCGCUUCUACGGACACCUUCCUACCUGGAAGCGGGGAUACGGCCGGAACUAUUGCUACUCAGCUAAACACUGCUUAUUUCACAAAGGGUGCAGAUCUGGUUUUGGAAGCUACUGGUGUUGAAUCUUGCAUCGGUGCUGGUAUUCAAGUUCUUAAGCGAGGUGGGACUUACGUCCAAGUCGGUCUUGGUAAACAAAGGAUCCAGUUUCCGAUUGUUAGUUUGAGUGAGAAAGAGAUUAAUAUGAAAGGAUGUUUUAGGUACAAUGCUGGUGACUACGAUCUGGCUUUGCAUUUGCUUGGGGGAGGAAAAGUCAGGGUAAAGGAUUUGAUCACUUCGGUGAAAGUAUUCGAGGAUGUCACUGAGGCGUGGGAAACCACUGCUCGAGGAGAGGGAAUAAAGACUCUUAUCAGAGUUGGAGGUGUAUAG